ACGAUGCGGAGAAGAAACCAAAGAAGAUAGUAGAUGUUGGAUGUGGAAUUGGUGGAAGUUCAAGGUUCCUAGCCACCAAAUUUUCUGCAACAUGUCAAGGAAUCACUCUUAGCCCAUACCAAGCCCAAAGGGCUGAAUCUCUAGCUGCUGCUCAGGGACUCAGUGAUCAGGUUUCUUUCCAAGUGGCGGAUGCGUUGAAUCAGCCCUUCCCAGAUGGAGAGUUCGAUCUUGUCUGGUCCAUGGAGAGUGGUGAGCACAUGCCUGACAAAGCCAAGUUUGUUUCGGAGUUGGCCCGAGUGGCGGCCCCCGGUGGGAGAAUCAUAUUAGUGACAUGGUGUCAUAGGGAUCUUUCCCCUACAGAAGAGUCUCUGCUUCCUGAAGAGGAAGAACUUCUCAAAAAGAUAUGCAAUGCCUUUUAUCUCCCUGCAUGGUGCUCUACUGCUGAUUAUGUCAAGUUACUUCAAUCCCACUCUCUUCAGGAUAUAAAGGCCUCAGAUUGGUCUGAAAAUGUUGCUCCUUUUUGGCCAGCAGUCAUCAAAUCGGCAUUUACUUGGAAAGGAAUUACCUCACUUUUAAGAAGUGGAUGGAAAACGAUAAAGGGAGCUAUGGCAAUGCCAUUGAUGAUUCAAGGGUACAAGAAAGGUCUCAUCAAAUUUGCUAUCAUUACCUGUCGGAAAUCGGAUUAAUAAGCAAAUAUUGUGGUGUUGGUGAGGUAAGGAUGUAUGCAUUCAUUUCCCAAACUUAUCGCCCAACGAUGAACAUGAUGAGGUUCUUGUGAUGAUCUAGUUUGCGUUAUUACAACUGUUUUAGUAAUCAAGUAUUGUUUAAUAACCAUAGCUUUGUCACAACGGAAUUAUAAUUUCAGUUUUAGUGAUUACAGACUAUUGUGAGCUGAGGUUGAAUAUUGAUUUUUUUUUGUAUCAUGCGCUACUGUUUUCUAUGUUUCGUUUGUGCGAAAAAAUGGUUCUCGAUGUGCAAGAGUCUUGUAAUGUUGCUAGUUUUCUUACUUUCUAC